AUGAUUAAUAAAAAUUUAUUUUUUAUAUUUAAUAAUACUAUAUUUAUUUAUUUGAUAUUAUUAAUUAUCUAUUUAACAAAAUUUAUUUUACCCCAUAAUUCAUGUACAUAUGGAAAGAAAUUAUUUGCCAUCGAAACAGGAAAAGCAUUAUGUGCACCUAUAUCUAAUCCAAAUUGUAUUGAAGCAUGUGAAUGGCAAGAAAGUUGUCGUAAUGCCACCCACUAUGAUGCAUUUUUAGGAAGAAGAAGUUUUGUAACUGGUGUACAAUUAACAGAUAAAAUAUUUCAUCUACAAUGUUGUAGUACACUAGGAAGUAUGACACGACUUAAAAAAAAUAAAGAAAGUAAUUGUUUUUGGUCAAGAUGGCAAAUGACUGUAACAGAAUUUCCAAGCUUUAGAGUAGAUCCUGUACUUGAAGAUUAUCAGUAUAUAAGGGAUAUAAUAAUAGAUAGAGUAAGUGAAAAAUCUAAAGCUAAUAUUAAAGUAGAAAUAUGUAAUAUUAUAAAUCAAAGAGAUACAUGUGAUAUGAAUGUUAUGAAAGAUAAUGAUAAAGAAAUGUAUACUAUGCUUAAAUUAAGACUAUCACGAUUUAUAGAAGCUAAAAAAAUUAUUUUAAAUAAUUCAAAUAUUAUACAUAAAGAAAAGCCUGAUAUUGAUGAUUUUAGAAAAGAUGCAAAACCAAUUGCACUUUCUCAACCUAUAGCACAUUUUCAAUUAGAUGGUAACGGUGAAUUUUCUUUAUUUACAAAUAAUCUAUUACAAGAAGAUAGUAAAAGUGGUAAAAAUAAUUUUAGAAAUAUUAUAAAUAAGGAACUUAAUGUUUUUAAAAUUAAUGAAGAUAAAAAGAAUAACAAAAUAUAUGAUAAUAUUUUAUUAAAAAAUAAUUUACCUCAAAAUAAUAAUAAUCAAUUAUUACCAUUAUCUAUUUCUCCCAUAAAUUUUACAAGUAAUAAUUUACCAGAAAGACCAAAAAUAAUAUUUAAAAAAAUUGGUAAUUUAAAUGAUAAUAUUUACUAUGAGAAAGCUAAUGAUAAAUUAAAAGCACAUAAAAUACUUGAAAAUAAAAUACUUUAUACAAAACAAAAACAUUACCAAACAACUCCUUUAUACAAUACUAAUGUUGUACCAUCACCAUCAGCAUAUGAAAUGUCAGUUGUGGCAGUGUCAAAAAAUCCUAAAUUUUAUAAUCCACAAUUUAAUUUUAUACAACCAAUACAAAUUAGUUCUAUUAGAAAAAUUACAACACCUAAAGAUAAAAUGGCACUCCUUCAAGAAUGUUGUUAUAAAACAUCACCAAGAUGUAAAGAAAUAUGUGAUAGUAACUUUUCAACAAAUAUAAUUACAUCAUCAUUAUCACGUAAUACAUGUAGUGGAUUAGAACUAGGAAAUAUUUUACAAUGUUAUCCAAAAUAUUUUGAUACACGUCCAGUAUCACAAUGUUGUGCAUCAUCACAUAAUUCUUUAAUCAAUUUUUCUAAUCCUAAUGGUAUUUUACCCUUAAAAUGUCAAGAACUUUGCUCACCUAACUUUAAAUUAACAAUUGAACAUUUUGGAUGUAUGAAUUAUAUUUCAGUUGUCGUUGAAUGUUACCAAAAAGCAGAUAGAUAA